UUCCCGGUGGGAUUUGUAAAUAAUGAAUUCAGCGUAAACCAGAGAACUUUUAUUUAUUCACCGUUUUAGAUUGAAUAGUGAAAUUCUAGUCCAGUGAGCCCGUGCAUACACAUCGCCAUGGGUCUCCUGACGAAUCCUUCGAUCUCUCAGAAGGCCAGAUACUGCAAGGCUUUGAUUCGCAACAAUACGCUGAUUUGCUUGGCUCUGUAUCUGCUUGGUGUGGGCUACUUUUUUCUGCUCCCAGACCCGAAUUUCAACUCCGGGACAUACUUCUCGGAGAAUGCCCUUCUACCGGGGCUCGUGUAUUCAGAGUUGAAAAUGGACACAGUUGCUCUCGCGAAGAGCUAUGCCGGCGAGUUGGAACGUGAGCGAGAGAAUCACCGCAAGGACAUGCCGUAUGCGUGGCUGCUAGCUAAGAUGAGAAAGAUUGGUCUGGAGACUCACAGUCAUAAUUUUACGUUGAACUAUCCCCUAGGAGGAGGAAAGGUUUUCUCUGGUAAGAAUGUGUACGGAAUACUGCGCGCGCCAAGAAUCGGAUCGACGGAAUCGUUUGUCAUUUCGGUACCCUAUCGGACACCGGAAUCCGUUCAUACGGAUGUUUCUGCAGGGAUUCCUUUGAUUUUGGCUUUUGCUGAUUUUGCACGCCGACAGAAGUACUGGGCGAAGGACAUUAUAUUUUUGAUCACGGAACAGGAGCAGCUAGGGAUGCAGGCUUGGCUGGAAGCCUAUCAUGGGUCGGAGAGUGAUCGUGUGCUAAAUGCAGGCUCCUUGAAUGCCAGAGCUGGCGCGAUUCAAGCUGCAAUUAACUUGGAGGUGCAAGAUUUUGAUGUAGAUCACAUCAAUUUGAAGCUAGAAGGAUUGAACGGUCAGUUGCCAAAUCUGGAUUUGCAUAACUUAGCACAGAAACUGUCGCAGAAGAAUGGAAUCCCAGCUGCGUAUCGGUUGUCUGCAACGAAGAAGCGGAAGCCUUACGAGUAUUGUGAGAAGUUUGAAAAUCUCCUGGCAAUGGUGUUCAGUCAAUCGACGGGAGUUCCGACCGGGAAUCAUGGACUGUUUCAUCGGUACGGGAUAGAAGCGCUGACGUUGGAAUGUGUGAAACAACCGGGAUCGAAGAGAGGAUCACCUGGAGUUGGUGCUUUGCUGAAAAUCGUCGAAGGGAUAAGCAGAAGUUUGAACAAUCUUUUGGAGCGGUUUCAUCAAAGUUAUUUCUUUUAUCUGUUGGUGACGCAUGAUCGGUUUGUAUCCAUCGGUGACUAUAUGCCAAGUCUGGGUCUUAUGGCAGGUGCAUUGCUCAUCAAAUCGUUCAUUCACUAUCUCUCCUUGUACUAUUCUGACGAUUUGGAACCACCCGCGGAAGAGGAAGAGGAUUCCGACGACGCGGGAGCUCUGGCACAAUUCAAUUUUGUUCAAGUUGGGUUUCUAAUAUUGUUAGCUCAUUCGAUUGGAGCACUGACCACUUCGUUGCCGUUCAAUUCUGAACUGAACAGCUAUCUCCACGAUGCUAAUCUAUCGACACAAUUCAGCCUGUUCACAGUGAUGGUUUGUGUCUCGCUUCUCGUGUUGAUACUACCAGCUUUCGUAACGCUGGAUGAUUUCAACUCAGAAGUUCUGCAAAUUGCCAUUUUGCUUGAAUUGGGUACUGUACUUCUCGCUGUUGGAAUGUUGAACUUUUCACUUGGAUUGAUUCUUUCGGUGGUUACUGUUCCAGUCGUUUUGCUAUUGCAACCACGGAAAAGUGGUUUCCUGAAAGGAUUAUCUCGUUUCUUCUGUGUUUGCUUGCAUCCGCUUGUGUUCAUCUAUCUGGUGUUAUUCGGCGUUACCCUUAAUCUCUUUCCGGAGUUGGUCAUUAAGGAAUUGCUGAAGAAAGCUCUCCCAGCGACUAUGGAUGCAAUCACGUAUUCUGUGGUAGAUUCGAUGAUUUACGGAAACUGGUUGUUUAACCUGGUGGCGCUCAUAUUUCUGCCAACGUGGACACUAUUGUGGUGUACGAUGUUUACCUCGAGAGUCCCGAAAAAGUAGACAGCUAAUUAGGCCCCUGUAAUCAUUCCAGUUCAUACCAAAUAUUCGACUAAUUAGUGAAUAGAAAUUAAUUAAGAUUUCAAUAAGUGACAAAAGUUUGUUUUUCACUGUGCCUUCUGUUUUUCGCAUCCGUAUCGUUCCUACUGACCUGUUACAUAGCUCGUUGAACCUUCCAUUUGUACAAAAUAUCGCAGCCUAUUGUAUUUUUUUACCCAUAUGUACCUGAUGCAGCUUGGAGUUCAAACAUCUGGGCAGUCAAAAUACUUUUUAUUGAUUUAUUUACAACUAGCUGACCAGGCAAACGUUGUUCUGCCAAAUAAAUUAUUUCUAGUGAAUAUUUUGGGUGUUGAAUAAAACACACUAAUGUAUUGUAAGUGUGUUUGAAUAUUUUAACGAUCUUUAAAAUAAAUCGAAUGUGACCG